GUCAGCCGGGCUGGCUCAUGGUCCCCGAAGCGGCGGGCCGGGCGGAGGCUCCUGCGGCCGCUGGGCCCACGGGGAUGCCCCGCGGGUGAGGCAGCCCCCAGCUUCCAGCCGCGCUCAUGGCGGUGGCCAGGAAGAUCAAAACUUUGCUGACGGUCAACAUCCUGGUGUUCGUGGGCAUCAUCGUCUUCUCCGUGUACUGCCGCCUGCAGGACCGCUCCGAGGGGCUGGUGCAGACCGUGCGCAGCGCCGAGGGGCUGGUGCAGACCGUGCGCAGCGCCGACCGCCGGGUGCGCAGCCGGCACGCCAAGGCAGGCGCGCUCGCCGACCGCGAAGCCAUCCUGGAGCGUCUGGACCACCUGGAGGAGGUGGUCUACAACCAGCUGAAUGGCCUCGCCAAGCCCAUCGGCCUGGUGGAGGGGCCUGGGGGCCUGGGCCAGGGCGGCAUGGCGGCCACCCUGCGUGAGGACAGCCAGGAGACAGAAAGCAAAUUCGAGGAAUACGGGUACAACGCGCAGCUCAGCGACCGCAUCUCCCUGGACAGGACCAUCCCGGACUACAGGCCCAAAAAGUGCAGACAGGUGACCCACACAGCCGACCUGCCCCAGAUCUCUGUGGUCUUCAUCUUCGUCAACGAGGCCCUCUCCGUCAUCCUGCGCUCCGUGCACAGCGUGGUCAACCGCACGCCCUCGCGGCUCCUCAAGGAGGUCAUCCUGGUGGACGACAACAGUGACAGCGUGGAGCUCAAGACCAGUCUGGACCAGUAUGUCAACAGGAGGUACCCGGGCCUGGUGAAGAUCGUUCGCAACAGCCGGCGGGAAGGCUUGAUCCGGGCACGGCUGCAGGGCUGGAAGGCGGCCACGGCCCCCGUGGUCGGCUUCUUCGACGCCCACGUGGAGUUCGGCACGGGCUGGGCCGAGCCCGCGCUCACGCGGAUCCAGGAGGACCGCCGGCGCAUCGUCCUGCCCGCCAUCGACAACAUCAAGUACGACACGUUCGAGGUACAGCAGUAUGCCAGCGCGGCCCACGGCUACACCUGGGGCCUCUGGUGCAUGUACAUCAUCCCCCCCCAGGACUGGCUGGACCGCGGCGACGAGGCGGCGCCCAUCAGGACCCCCGCCAUGAUUGGCUGCUCGUUCGUGGUGGACCGGGAGUACUUUGGGGACAUCGGCCUGCUGGACCCGGGCAUGGAGGUGUAUGGUGGAGAGAACAUCGAGCUGGGCAUGAGGGUGUGGCAGUGUGGCGGCAGCAUGGAGGUGCUCCCCUGCUCCCGCGUGGCCCACAUCGAGCGCAGCAAGAAGCCCUACAACAACGACAUCGACUACUACGCCAAGCGCAACGCCCUGCGGGCAGCGGAGGUGUGGAUGGACAGCUUCAAGUCCCACGUGUACAUGGCCUGGAACAUCCCCAUGACCAACCCAGGGGUGGACUUCGGGGACGUGUCUGAGCGGCUGGCGCUUCGCCAGAGGCUGAAAUGCCGCAGCUUCAAGUGGUACCUAGAGAACGUGUACCCGGAGAUGCGGACCUACAACGACACCCUCACGUACGGAGAGGUGAGAAACAGCAAAGCCAGUGGCUACUGCCUGGACCAGGGAGCGGAAGACGACGACCACGCGAUCCUCUACCCCUGCCACGGGAUGUCCUCUCAGCUGGUGCGCUACAGCGCUGAGGGGUUGCUGCAGCUGGGCCCCCUGGGCUCCACCGCCUUCCUGCCCGACUCCAAGUGCCUGGUGGACGACGGCAGGAGCCGCGUGCCCGCCCUGAAAACGUGUGAGGACGUGGCCCGGCCAGCGCAGCGGCUGUGGGACUUCACCCAGAGCGGCCCUAUCGUGAGUCGAGACACAGGCAGGUGCCUAGAGGUGGAAAUGUCCAAGGACGCCAACUUCGGGCUGCGGCUGGUGGUACAGAGAUGCUCGGGGCAGAAGUGGACCAUCAGGAGCUGGCUCAAGCGCGGGCGACACUGACCGCCAGCCCCGCCCUGUGCCCUCCCGGAUGCAGACCCCGAGGACCCGGGGAGGGCGUCGGGCCGCCUGCUGGACCGCGUCCCUGGGACCGCGGGGGCCCCCUGGGGCCCCCUGUGCACUCCGGAGGCAGGUGCCAGGGACCGGCCGGCCCAGCAGGAGCACAGACCCCGAAGCCAAGCCCACCUCGGAAUCACGUGCCUUUUCUACGGUAUUCCUAUCCAGGCCGCCGGGCCGGCCACCUCUUCUGCAUGAAGCCCCCUGUAUGUUCCCCCACUCGCGGAAAUAACCCCCGUGAGCUCCGUGGGUGGCCCAAGCUCCCGUCCCGGCCGGGCAGGACCGUGGCCUCCUCCCGUCUUCUGACCAUCUAAGGAAAAGCCCAGAAGAGCAAAGCAGAGCCCUCUCCGACGUUGGGGACGGGGGGGGGGGGGGGGGGACGCGGCUGCGGCCGUCCCGGCGACGCCCCAGGCAGUGCUGACGAGGAGGCCGGUUGCCGCCCCGAUCCAGCGCCAAGCGGGUCAAACAGGACAGAGCUGGUCUUGUCCUCCGGAGCCCUAGCGGCUGGGUCGUCCGGGGUCGGGGCCCCUGUUCCAGCGUCUCGCCCGGGGCCAGGCGCUUCCCCCCGCCUUGUUGCUCCAAGGGGGGGGUCCGUGAACCGCGACCCACAGCCCUGUGCCUGUUUUUAUAAAUAAAGUUUUAUUGGCACACAGCCGCACCCACCUGCCUCUGUAUGGUCCGGCGCGACCCUCUCGCCCGGGGCCAGAGUUGAGCAGGAGCACGUGCCCCACAGGGCCGUCCCGGGGGCUCCGAGAUGCCGUCUCUGGGCGGGCUGAGCUUAAUGAUUGCGGUGAACAUCACAGGGCCCCGCCCGUCCCUGUCCCCCAGCAGAGCCACCGCCCGCUACGCCCAGCAGCAGGUGCGCCCAACACUAGCUGCUCCUCAGUACUACCAGUACCCCACACUAGCGCCCUCAUUCUGGGCGGAAGGCCUCAGUCGUCCAGCGGUGGGGACAGCUACCAGACCGACGCCCGCACAGCCCUCGCACUGCGGUCUCCCGGCGCCUAGGGGUCUCCCCCGGGGCAGAAAUUGUGGCUGUGUUGGAGACUUCCAAACCGCCCCCCCCAUUCUUGUAGAGCAGCCCGGAGCAGGGUUCCUGGACACCCGGGCUGCUUCACACAGGACUUAGCUGGUCCCGCCGAGCUGGGACCAGGCAGUCAGCCUUCCGGGGGGUGGGGAGCCCGGCUGCCCCUCCGGGGAAGGCGUCACAGCCGCUCCCCGCAGUGUCUUUCUGAAGCAGAAAGUUGUUCUCAGAGUGCCAGGGGGGCUCGGAGCCGUGAGACCACACUCGUUCUCCACCUCUCAGGCUCUGAGUCUCUGGGGAAGGUGGGGGCUCUGACCUGCCCCCUGGGCACCCCCCACCCCAGCCCCAUCCUCCUCUGCUCCUUUCUUGGGUCCCGUCCCCUGCUUCCUGCCACUGUGGGAAGCCCUGGCCGGCCCCAACCUCCCCACUCUCCCCAGAGAACUCUACCAGCUCCCACCCAACUCCCCAAAAAGCCCCUCUAUUUCAGAUCUUGCCCAAAUUUUAAGACCAUAAUGGAGGCAAAAAGCCAGCAGUGAGCGAGACCUCAAGAGUCAGCCUCUAGCCAAAGCCCUGGGCACACAUCCAGAAGUUUCCCAACUGAAGGUGAAAUGGUAGCAGCCCUUGGCGGGCAGACUGAGCUAACUGCCCGUGGUUCAAAAUAGAAAGUAUCUCGGCUGAAACCUAGAAAACUCGCUGUUGCAUACCGUGCAUUAUCGAAACCGCCAAUGUGAGGGUUUGUAGCCCACGGGAUGCGGAAGGUGUCUCGACAAGCACCCCCCACGCCCCGUCCUUGCGGGAGGCGGCGAGUUUUGAUAGCGUGCUGUCGGGUCCUGGCUGGCCCCCGGGUCCUGCCUCGGCACGAGGACGAGGGUCGGCAGGGCCGAGCUGGGCCCACAGGCAGCAGGACCACGGCGGGGCGAGGCCCUUGGCCUACCAUAACCAAGAUGGAGAGACCGCCUUCUUCAUGGGGCAGGGCCACGGAGCUCCCUCACCUCCAUUCACUUCUGCCCCCACUGCCUGGUGAGAGCUGUGUCCCCCCACCGAGGCCUGCCCCGAGGAUCCCGGGGGGGGGGCGUGGCUGACUGGACCCAGAGAACCCCAAAAGGUCACAGGCUGGGAGGAAGGAGGGCGGCCCCGCCGACCACCACUGCUGUUACAGCCCAUGCCCUGUGGGGGCGCUGUGGAGACGCUCCCGCACAGUUGAGCGGUCACAGCGUGGCGGUGGCUGUGGCCGUGGCCGUGGCUGUGGGCAUCCCCCCACCCCGUGCAGAUCCCUGUGUGUUCUAACUCCUGGUGAUGCAUAGUCCCCCGGCCCCCACCGCCCCCCUGGACUCAGAAGGAGCUCUCGCACCAUCCACGGGCUGCGCUGAAGUGAACGCAGUCCCCUGAGACCCUGACUUCUAGUUCACACUUCCUUUGCCUUAAAGCACAAAAAUGUUUCUUUGUCCACUUUUCAAACACCGGUCUGUGGUUGAGGCCGCCCGGUUGCCCCAGGAAGGACCCCAUCCGUCAAACAGGGACUUUAAUGCAGGGGUGGGAGGUGCUGAGGCUUUGGCCAGGGUGUUAGGGCAUCCUGGAGACGCACCCUCUGUCGGCUGAAGGGACCCAGGAGCCCGGCCACUUAUGGGGCUGACGCUACAGAAGGAGCGAUGGGAGCACCCCCCCCCAUCAGAGAUGGGAGAGGACACCCGGCCGCUGCACCCCCGGCUUCCCACCGACGGCCCCUGCAGCUGAGCCUCCCAGAAGCUACGACUCGGGGAAUCUCAAGACCGGGACCGUGGGCGCCUCUCAGCCCAGCAGGGAGAACGGAGGCAGGAAAGGGUCUGGGCGCCGACCUGGGGCCGGCAGCCAGAGGGACUCUUCUCCAGCACAGGCGACCCCCUCACCCCCCGGGGUCCCGCCGUGCGGUGCCCGUGAUGAAAUCAGGCGUGAGUCUGCAAGCGGGAGGGAAGAAGGUGCACGGCCACGAAACCUCCUCUCCCCACCUGCUUGGGAAAGUGCCCAUUCUGGGAAGAAGGAGGAAGAAGGGGAGAGAGGAAGGAAAGGAGGGAGACAUAGGCUUAGAAUUACAAUCCCACUACAUCCUUUAAAUAACCCUCAGUAGUGCUGAGAACUUCUGUGCCCAUUUUACAGAUGGGGAAACGGAGCCUCGGAGGACUGAAAUGACUUGGCACAAGGCGCACACUUUUUUUUGUGCCCGGGGGCAGGUCUAGGGGUUCAUACUCAGAUCUGCUCGACCCCAAGCCGGUGUCCCCUCCACUCUGCCUGGCUGCCUAGAAUUUUUUUUUCUUUUUAAACAAUUUUUUUUCUUUUUUUUUCAUGUUCAAAUGGCAAAGACACAAACAAACAGAAUUUGCUGAAACUUAAUAGCAGACCCGCCUCUUCCAUCAAUUCAGUUGUAAAUCGGCUCUGCAGCGAAUUCAGAAAAAGCCCAUGUUGUUUGUUUAAGACAGUUCAUUGGUGAUAACCCACCGGGGCUCCUGGAGAGGCUGUUGAUACGCAGACGUUUCUGAUGAAAAGCAGUGAACGCACAGAGGCUUUUUCCCUUCCCUCUGCUCUUGAACUGAUCGUGUACAUCAAUUUAGUUCUAAUAAAAACGUUCAUGGCUUCA